CACUCUCUUCUCAUUACAAAAGCUGCAGAUAUUCUGAAGUAUAAUAUACGAUGCUUGAAAGUCUACUUACCAAAUACCUCCCAACUACCCCAGGUUAUCUACCAAAAUGGAUUUUCUUCAUUUCUGUUGUUGCAAUUUUCAAUUCUCUGCAAACCUACACCAACUUGUCAUUGACAAAGAAAGUGUAUGCAGGUAAGCCAGAAGAGGUCACCCCAUUGAGUGCACGUACUUUUGGUACCUGGACCUUGGUUUCAAGUAUCAUCCGUGCAUACGCAGCAUACAACAUCACCAACGUCCAUGUGUACAACCUCUGCAUUGUUUCUUAUGUGAUUGCCUUGUGGCAUUUCGGCAGUGAGUGGUUGAUCUUCAAGACGUGCAAGUUUGACAAGGGCUUGUUUGGCCCAUUGAUUGUCUCAACUUUGUCCAUCACAUGGAUGAUCUUGCAGAAAGACUUCUACACUUCUUUGAUCUAAGCUACUUGCUCGGUCAUAUUAUUAAGAUAUAUACUUUUACGUAGUAAUUACGAGUUACGAAUUACGAGCCACAUGUUCCUUUAUGACGAUUUGUUUCUGAUAAGUGGAAUUAGAAUAGAAAGUAAGUAGUUUAUACCUAAAAUGUGUCGAUACAUAGAAAUGCAAAAACCAAAAGCCUU